AUGUCACUCAUGUUCGUUGGCUUGAUUACUGAUGAUGCCAUGCUUCAAGCAAUCCUCCCGGCUAUCGGAUGGUUAUUGCUCACUGCAACAUUCUGGCUUGACCAUCCCGAUUACGACGUGAUCGAGGGAGAGAUCAGGAGACUCUGUGAGAAAAUUAUUGGUGGACAUGGGACAGAACUAGAUAUAAUAGAGU